AUGGCUUUAGCCGCAAGCAGGACGCUCUUGGCGCUGUUCGUAACGUUUUGCGCACCAGGAUGCGGAUGGACAGCAGAGAAGCCCCUGCGGCCACACAAUGGGAAACAGACAUCUGUGGACAAGGGCCUGAGGGAGAGCUGGGAGCCUUCGAUCCAUCUGGAUGGAAGACCUGUGGACCGCUUCGUCAUCAGCUCCAGCAAACCCACGAGGUCCCACCGCUUCACGAAAGUGGGAAAGGACAGUCGCUCUCAUCUACUGGAGGAUGUAGACCAUGAAUGGGUUAACCUGGAUGGCUUUGCUGUGCUGGGCGGCGCACCUGUCAGCAACUCAUCAUCAGGUCCAGCCAGGUCUCCACAAACUGCAGCCAGAAAUCAGCCCUCUGUACAGCGAGCCACCAGGGUGGACAGAACAGCUAAUCCAUUGGGCUUGUCUAACACCAGGACACAUAGGAGGGCCCCUCAGUCCUCCUCAGGUCCCAGGCAGCCUGAGAGAGCUUUGGCUGGAGCACCACCACUGGAAAGGAGACGCCAACACCACACCAAGCCUCAAUCUGACCAGCGAAACCGAAACACACACAAACUAACAUCUGAGUCCGUUCAUGUGGUGUCACUGCAGGCACAGAAAACCCAGGGCCAGAGCGUAUCUGCCAACAGACCAGUUGCAACCAAAACAACCACACCAGAGCCACCAGAGUACGAAGCCCAGGACAUCAGUGUCAGGGUCAUGUCUCCUCAGUCAGUCCUCAUCUCUUGGGUUGACCCUGCUGUUGAGAUGGGAAAAGUCAGCCCCGGGGUAUCCAGAUCCUACACAAUUAGGUACAGAGAAAAGGGUGAGUCAGCACGCUGGGAGUACAAGGACAGCACCCAGAGGAGACUGAUGAUAGACACCCUGUCCGCUGACAGCAUGUAUGAGUUCUCUGUCAGAAUCUCUCAAGGAGAAAACCAUGGGAAGUGGAGCGUCUCCGUCUUUCAGAGGACUCCUGAAUCAGCACCAUCUGGGCCACCAGAGAACUUUGAGGUCAAGCCACUACGAGGGAAAGGAACUGCUGUCAUAGCAACAUGGGAUCCACCUGAAGAACCUAAUGGGAGGAUAAGAGAGUACAUUCUAUCUUACGCUCCUGCUAUGAAGCCAUUUGGAAUGAAAAGCGUGACGCACCGGGGCAGCACCACCACAGCCACCAUAGAUGGCCUCUCACCGGGAGAACGGUACAUCUUCAAGAUUAGAGCCACCAACAGGAGGGGACAGGGACCACAGAGCAAAGUCUUCAGUGUUGUCAUGCCAGGAUCCAGCAGCGCUGCCUCAUCGCUCUCAAAAACCAAAGACAGCCGCAGGACUAGCCAUUCUCCUUCCAAACAGGAUACCGACCAUGAUGAAUCUGAUCUCCAGUCAACAGAGAUGCCAGAAGAACCACCCACACCCCGUCAGCCACGCCCUGCUGUACCUGUCAACAAGCGUGUACGCCCACUUUCCCAGACACGCUCCUAUCACAGCAUCUUCUCCUCUGUAAGGGGCUCAGUCAGGAACACAGUGAACAGAGGGUCAUCCAGAGGAAGAGCUCAAGAUAGAGAAGAUGAGGAAGAUGAAGAAGAGAAAAUACCGACAACACCACCUCCAGUGGAAGAAACAACAACCAUGGAGGUUGUACUGGAGACAAAAGAACCAGACAACAAUGUUUCCCCUGAAUUUGAGGAUGAAGUGGGGUAUGAUGAAGAGCCCCUGACUACUGAGACACCAAGCCUCAAAGUUCUGACACCCUCCCCAACUAAACCAACAACUCGUCCCAAUCCACCACCCAGAAGGCCUAUUAAGAUUAGGGUCCAUCAAAAACCAGGAUCUAAGAGUGCCUCGUCCUCUUCAUCCACCUCUUCAUCUUCAUCAUCUACUUCAUCCUCCUCAUCUUCUGCCACCUCCUCUUCGUCUGAUUCCUCCUCAUCUUCUUUUCCCUCUACUUCCUUGUCAUCCUCAUCAUCCUCGCCUUCUACAACCUCAUUAUCCUCCUCACAUAUUCAAGAGUCAGCAGCCAGUAGAAAGGAUUCUGUUGCUCCUGCAUACCCAGACAGCAAAAACACCUACGACAAGCCCAGCAUAACACAUACAAAACCCUCCACUACAAUUGUGAAAGAGACCAAUUCACAGCAGACAGAGGCUACAUCGGUAGGCAGAGGUUCGGCUUCAGCAGGACGCACCAAUGGGUUUGGUUCUAGAUAUGGUUACAGUCGAAGACAUCCAGGAAUUAUGUUUAGAGGGAAUUCAACUCGAAUUCUUAAUGGUUACAAACCUGCUGUCACCUCACAGUCUAACUUACCAAGUAGAACUCCAAACCAAGGAUCAUCAAACACACGUAAUUCAGCGACAUCACAGUCUGCUUUACCAGACAGGACUCAAAACCACAAAACACCACAUACUUUUAAUUCAGCAACAUCCAGGUCCCCUUCACGAGGUGGAACCCAUAGUCAGGCAACAUCAGAUCCAUAUAAUUUUGACAAAUUGCAGUCCACAUCCGAUUCUGGGUCUCAAGUCUCUUCAACUUCACAGAACUCAGGCACCAAUCCAUCCAUUUCACAGACUAGUUCUGCAACGUCACAGAGUUCACACGCAUCACCCGAGCGAGACACAACAAUCAGAGAAGGAAAUUAUGACAAUAAUUACAAAAACACAGAUAAAGAAGUAUCUAGAGUUGAAGAGCCGACUUCAAGCUCUAAACCACAACCCACAGAAGAGGGACAGGAGGAGGACAUUAAUGAGAAACCUGUGGUUCCUCGUACCAGAAUUAGUCCCUCAUUUGCUGAAAGAUUCCCUUGGCUAGCGAGUCGUUACCCAGGCAGGUUUGGUUCAGGGACAAGGACGUCAUCUUCCAGGCAGGAUGUUAGAAGCCCAUUGACCAGGACUUCAUCCUCUAUGGGGGCUGGCACACCUGUCUUGAGAGGGACACCCACAAGGGUUUCAGGGGCCACAGGUGCUGCAGGAGUGUCCAGGAUACAGGAGACUAGUGAAGACCUGAGGAAUCCCUCCACUCAGAACUCACUAAAGAAUGGGGUAGGGGUGGGUUCAGUUAAGCCUUCUUUGACUAAUCAAAAUACAGCAUCUAGUUAUCCAAGAAACCCAACUACCUCAUCCUCUUCAUCAUCUUCCUCUUCAUCAGCCACUUCUUCAAACGCUGGUUCCCAUCAUUCUUCAAGUGGACACAGACACUCAAGUGAGCCCAGCCAUAGAGGAACCACUAAAGACAAUAGCGAUCAUAAUGAGGAUUAUCUCGAUGAGAGGAGUACAGAAAUCAGUGAAAAAAAAGGUGAAGUCACACCCUCCACAGCUGGCCAAAAGAAUCCUGCUUUAACUUCAGCUGACCCUCACAGAAACAUAGAACACAAUCCGAGUGUGGAUACUUCUUCUCGGACAAGACCUGGCUCACCGUCCGGAGUCAUUCCAACUCAUCGUCGUCCUGGUGUAGGCAUGAAUGGGAGGGUACGCUCCCCUUUGCUGGCUAACAGGCAGUUUGGUGGAUCUAGGCUCCCCAUCAGACUGCAGCCAGUACAGAACUCAAGGCUGGGUUCUUCAACAUCUGAUUCUUCCUCAUCAUCAACUGAUUCCUCUUCUUCUUCAAAUGUGCCAGUUUUGACCUCAGAUCGUGAUGGCGGUGCUGCUACCUUUACAAAGACAGGGGGAUUAGACAGCAUUAGAGGCCAGGGGAGUAGGCCUCGUUAUCCCAUCGUAAGAGGGAAACCAACCAAUGGAGGGCAACUCAAGCCUGCCAGUGGAAAUGGUAAAAAUGGACGACCAAACUUGACAGCAACAAAUGAUAAAGAGUCCCCUCUCUCUCGUGGAACCAGCAAAGCCGUUGGUCAAAGGUUUAUCACUGGACCUGAUGGAACCAAAUGGGUGGUAGAUUUAGAGCAGGGGGUUCUUAUGAACCAGGAUGGACAAGUUCUGCAGGACUCCAAUGGCAAACCCAAGAGAGUGGUGCUUGGAGAGGAUGGACGCACGAUUUUUGACCUCAUGGGCAGUCCCCUGGUUAAUCAGGAAGGUAUGGCUCUGUUUGGCCACGGCCGAGAUAGCCAGCCUGUGGUCAACCCCAAAGACAAAGUCCUCAUGGUUGGAGGGAAACCUGUACUUGGCUUGGACCUUCCUCACCUCAGGACCACCACCACCACCACCACCAUGGCUCCAACCACCACACCUGAACCCACUACGACUGAAUGGUUCAUAGAGGAGUCCACCACUGCAGUGCCCUUCCCAACCUGUCCACCUGGAACCUUCUCCAAAACAGAUGAAUACGGGUAUCCAGUGCUGGACCCAGAAGGAAUAUUGGACUGUUAUCCAGAAGAGGAAUCCUCAGGAAUGGAAAUGGACCACAUGGUUACAGUGACCAUGGUGCCUGAUGCUUUAGCUCUUAAGAAAGAUGAGCUUAUUGUCCAGACCACCCGGCCACCCACAACCACCACUACAACAAUCACCACCACCACCACAGAAAUCGUGACUCCGAGGCCAGACACCAGACCAUUCAACAAAGGCCCGUCAUCCGAGUUUGACCUCAGUGGGAAGAGGAGAUUCACAGCUCCCUAUGUGAACUACAUCCGAAAGGACCCAGGCGCUCCUUGCUCCCUGACGGAGGCUUUGGAGUAUCUUCAGGUCGACGUCCUAGAAGACCUGAUUGAGAAGGACAGCCUUACAGUCAAUCAGAGACAGCCUCCCAAAAACAAGCCACAUAACUUCACCGUGGUCGCCAUGGAGGGCUGCCACUCAUUUAUCAUCCUGGACUGGGCCCGCCCACUAAAAGAUGACAUGGUGUCAGGCUACAUGGUCCACAGUGCUUCAUACGAUGAUGUCCUCAACAACAGAUGGUCCACUAGAGCCUCCAGCGGGACACACCUGCCUGUGGAGAAUCUCAAACCCAACUCAAGGUACUACUUCAAAGUGCAGGCCAAGAAUGUGUUUGGUUUGGGACCAAUCAGCGAAACGCUCACCUAUGUCACUGAAUCAGACGAUCCUCUUCUCAUUGAGAGACCACCUGGUGGAGAACCAAUCUGGGUUCCCUUUACCUUCAAGUAUAACUCAGCCCACAGCAGCUGUAAGGGCAGCCAGUACGUCAAGCGGACGUGGUACAGGAAGUUCGUGGGCGUGGUUUUGUGUAACUCUCUGCGAUACAAGAUCUUCAUGGGAGAUGGUCUUAGAGAGCCCUUUUAUAGUAUAGGAGAUACAUUUGGCCAGGGAGAGGACCACUGCCAGUUUGUGGACUCCUACAGGGACGGGAGGACAGGCCCGGCCUACCUCUCAAAUAAUCUGCCGUCAGCACAAGGAUUUUAUCGCGCAUACAGACAGGAGCCAGUUUCGUUUGGCGUUAUUGGCCGACGUACACCCCAUCCAUUCGUUGGCUGGUAUGAAUGCGGGGUACCGAUCCCUGGGAAGUGGUAACACAGGAGCAGUAGGAGACAUUGUUACCAAGGGCGGCCUUUCUGCAUCCUGCUGCAGGCUCUUACCGUCACUGCUCCUGCCCUUAAAAACAGACUUUUGCCUGCCGCAAUGAAAAGACACCACUACGAAUUUAUUACAGCUCACAGAAAGAGAAUAUAGUACUUGUAAACAACUCAAUGUAUAUCAUUACAUGCACUUUUUAUAUAAAGCAGUCUGUAUAUGAGGGGAAAAAGAAGCAUGUGUGCUCUUGCUUUGUUUAACUCUUGUCUAAAAAGUGUCCUAUACUAUUACCAACUAUCCCAGAGACAGGUCCUCUCCCAGUGUUAUUUAUCUCAUCAAUAAUGCACACACACUGUCAAUCCAGUGACAUUGGACCAAAGCACAAGCUGCAAAGCAAACUGUAAGAAUGGGCACUUAAGGUGUGUAUAGGUCUGUUAAUUUUCAAUCGUGGGAUUUGUAUUUCAUAUUGUAACGGCUUCUGACAGCUACUUUUUGUUUGUUUAUUUGUGUUCUUAAACCAUCAUACUGUUGUUGUUGUUUGUUUUUUUAUGCCCUUUUGGUAUUCACCAGAAUUCAUUAAAAGUUACUGUGUAAGUUUUUUAUGUAUACAGACAAAGAAUAAAAGACCAAAUAUUUGCUCAGGAACUGCGGGAGAUUGAAUAAAGGUGCUAUGGAAACCACAGCAAUCCAAAAGCAUGAAUCAUAUCAUAUUCUCCCGCUGCCACAUUCUUUGCUAGGAAAAGCUUCCACACGUGAUCCAGAUCUACUUAAUCAACCUAAUGGAAGAUCUGAGUAAGUGAAAACGUUCGGUUCAGCCAGUUGGAACAGCAACUGUUAAAAUCAGAUAAAAUGUCAAAAACAACAUAUUGAAGAC